AGUGCGCCCCCUGUCGCCCACGAAACCGGAGCCGGAUGUGGAAUUUGAAACACAGCUCCAGGACCGCGUUGGAUGUCCUGGUUGUUACAGAGAUGAGCGGAGACUACGUCAAGUUGUUUGUGGGAAACCUUCCUUUAGACGCAACCCAAGACGAACUCAACAAGCUUUUUGCUCCUUAUGGGGAGAUCAACACUUGCUCCUUGCUCAGACAGUAUGCCUUUGUUACCCUGAAUGGAGAUGGAGCGGCGGACAGGGCUAUACGGCAUCUGGACGGCAAGGAGUACAGAGGCAGACCACUUGUGGUGGAGGAGUCACGUGCACGCCCGCCAAACUCCACCAAAGUGUUUGUGGGGAACCUCAGCGCCACUUGUUCCGCGGAUGACCUGCAUGGGCUGUUCUCGACAUUCGGGAGAGUUUUAGAUUGCGAUAAAGUCAAAGCCAGGUUAUGUUCAAAUGUUGGCUAUGCAUUUGUGCAUAUGGAAAGAAAGGAGGAGGCGUUGGCAGCUAUCGAGGCUCUCAAUGGGACAAUUUUCAAGGGCCGUCAGCUGGCCGUAGAGCUCUCCAAAGCUCAACCUUUGGUCAACCAGCUCCCAACCGGGAAUUCAGGAGGUGGUCGAGAGGGUCUCCUUCCUCGGCCAGCUGCCUCCUUGGAGCAUCACCAGAGUCAUGCUGCUGUGCUUGCAGCGGCUGCAGCAGCUGCCGCAGGACUACCCAUACAAGUGCAACAAAGUGUCCAUAACUCGUUCUACAAUACAACAUCCUUUGACCCGACCUAUGCUGCCCUGAAGGGCAUUACGAGUUCUAAAGGUGCAGACGGAGUUAUAUACGGCGCUCUUGCCAGCCAGGUGUACGGAUCCGUGGCUGACCAGGUGUACCAUGACAUGGCCAAUCACACUACGGCACCAAGCACUGUGGCUGAAGAGUACGAGCCUCAAACCACACCGGACCCAACAACACUUUUUGAAGCUGCAAGAGCCAAAUUUUUCCAGGAGGGACAGAAGGUUCUGGCCGAGCAGCAGGCAGGAAGAAAAACAACAUCGACGACAACCACCACCACAACAACUACAGAUACGACACCGUCAGAAACCGAGCGGGAUCGCAGCCCGAUCAGAGGAAACAAAGCAGCCUUGCUUCCUGACCCUGGUCCAGGUUCCUUCACAAAUCGAGCCAAGCGCCGUGCUUUGCUGCCGACGCCUCCAGGGGUGCCUGAAGACUCUGCAACUGCUACUGCUGAAGGGGCUGAUUCUGUUGCAAGGUCCUACACAGAAUAUUACCAGCAAAUGCAUCAGUACCAGCAGUACCAGCAACAAUAUCAACAACAGUACCAUUACCUCCAGUAUGCUUACACCAAUCCUCCGCCGCCUCCUCCGCCAGCCACAACAGAAUCCUCUAGCUCAAUCCCUCCACCCCCAGGGACAUAUACGGCACCACCAACCUACUCUGCGACGCAAGACUACGGGCCCCCAGGAACGUACGACCCGCCCACGAGUUACGACCAAUCAUCGGCGAGCUACAACGCCUCGGCUGCGAGCUACGGCGCCUCCGGAAACUACAACGCCUCAGCCGGCUAUGACCCAUCGGGAGGCUACGGGGCGUACGAUACAUCCGGAGCUUACGCAGCAGCGGGAAGCUACUCCACAUCCACACCGUAUGAGCAGACACCCGCACACGGGCAACCCACGCCCCAGCGCAAUGAUUACCCUUACAACACGCCAGAACCCCCGUAUCGAUAGGCCCAACCCUUCACACAGUCCUACUCACUGCAGAUGUGUGUGAGUCGUUGCAUAAGGGACAGUUGAAGGGUGAAAUGAGGCAAGCAGCAAGGUUGUUUGAAUGUGCGGUAAAUCUCAUUGUUGUCAAUCUUGGCUUAUCUCGUCUCCAUCUAGCUUAGCUUUUGUUGGUGACUAUUUGAUACAUGCAGUAGUACUGCAUACAGACAUCUCUUCAUUGUUGCUCUUGCUCAGCUGGUUUUGUGAGGCAAGAAGUUACACGUUAUGAGCCUGUAUCAGGGAAGGCCUUUCAUAUCUACUUGGCAGUUAAGGAGCAUUGCUGGCUGUUUAAGAUGUUAGGAUCGGGCUGUUUUUUUAACUAAUUUUGACAGGAUACCGUUUUUUUAAGGAGUUCUAUCCCAGUUAAACAUGCCUAUUUAUCUUUGUGAUGGUGAUUUGGACAUGUAUACACCCAACUGCAUCGCAGUAUGGCCCCUCUGCAGUGUUUACAAUUGGCAUUUCUGCAUUUUUUGGUAAAAGUCGAGCCGUUUUUUAAUGGCAAAAUUCAACAAUUCGGGCACUCCCGACAUGUCUCCUUGCAGUCACACAACCUUGGCUUUUGAGUGAUUCAUUUUGAGCUAAGUUUGAAUGUUUCUGCAUAGCAUAAGGGUUGGAAAACAUUUUGGAGAAUUCAUCCGUAUCAGCUGUCUCUUUGCAUUACUGGUAGGUGUGCGCAUCUUGAGUCAAAGGAAGGCAUCUCUCCUCUCCUGCUUUUUAAGUAGUAUUCAGUUUAAGAACAUUUGGGAAAAUGUUUCAGGCUGCAGAUGUGAUUUAUUUGUAUGUAUAUACAUUUAUGAAUGCCAGGAAGCUUGAUUUGGCCAAUUUUGAUCUCUUCAAAUGUGAUGAAAGUUCUGUUGAGGUUAAGUUACUCGUCAUACCUGACAAUACUAGUGUAAAUAUAUCUUGCCUUUAUAAAUUGAUGAAGUUGUCAGCCAACAUUUGGUUUUACACUGACUGUUAUUAGAUAUCAGGCCAUUGCAUCGGAGACAGGGGUGUGAUGUAGAUGGGACAGGUGCAUAGAGGUUUGCAAAGCUACAGGUGAGCCAAGCUGAGAUAUGUGUGAAUUGAGCAGGAAGACUGUUGACCCUGGUUUGUGAAAGCACACUCACACCUUGCUAGAUUUCCCAUUCGGCCUCAUUAGCUACCACACAUGUAAAGUAAUACCCCAGCUGACUCUGAAAGGCACAUAUUGAGCUUCAUUUGUUCCCUUGGUGAUUGUAGCACACACUUUCUCUCUGUUGCACAGCCUCGUCACAUGCCACAAUAUUCCAGCUUCUCCAUGUAAACUUGUUAGUUGCAUGCCAUGUUGUUGCUGCUGCUCCAGCCACCUUCUUCCUCUUGCUGAUUAUUGCAGCUAGAGUGGGAGGGAGCCAUACUCUGAGCCCUUGCCCUGGACGUACGCCACGCGCUGCUGUAAGCGCGGGAUGGGGAAACAGCAGCGUUAGGCCUGAAACUGCUGUGGAUGAUGGGGUGGCCCCCCCUCGCUAAAGGUAAACACUCAGUACCACACACUCCUGCCCCUGCCGAAACAACACGCGUACACCGUUAUACACACACACACGCAGUCUUUUUCACUUUUUUGGACAUUUUUUUGAUGUUUUUCCUCUCCCUCUUUACAUACAUUCCUGGCCCUGAAGAUCAUCCGUGUAUGAUCUUUGAAGAUGGCGCCUUCUAGUGUGAAUCUGAAGGUAAAGCAGAUAAAUCCUGUCCCGCGAGAGUAUCACAGGAGUAGGUCACACUUAGUUAGCAUGAUCACUAUCUUUUUUUUUUCUUUUCUUUUUUUUAAACGCAACGACACUGUGGCCACUUUUUUUGGCUUAAAGUGCCUUGCUGAAGAUACCAUCGCUCGGCCCUUUAUUUCAGAGGCCAAUAAAGCUGGCUCAGGAUCUGUUGCCGCGUCAAAAAAAACCUGCCCCACCAUGAAGACUAUUCUCAAUGCCACUUCCAACCUGUAUUAAUGACGAUGAACACAGAUAUCAAUUUGUUUUAAGUGACAUUUUGUCCAUGUUCUUUUGAAAUGUUUAAUUAUCAAUAAAAACAAAAACAAAUUC